AUGUCCAGUUCAAAUGGAACUGAAUUCCACCCCACUUUUUUCCUCUUGCUGGGCGUUCCAGGCCUUGAAAAGAUGCAUAUGUGGAUUGGCUUUCCUUUUGGCUUUGUGUAUUUGAUCGCCCUGGUUGGGAACAUUAUUGUCUUGUUUGUGAUCAAGAUUGAACACAGUCUUCAUCAGCCCAUGUUUUACUUCUUGGCAAUGCUGGGCUCCAUUGAUCUAGGCCUAUCCACAACCACAAUUCCCAAGAUGCUGGGCAUCUUCUGGUUUAAUUUACGGGAGAUUAGCUUUGGUGGAUGUGUGACCCAGAUGUUCUUCAUUCACAUAUUCACUGCAAUGGAGACUGUGGUGCUGGUCGCCAUGGCCUUUGACCGCUAUGUUGCCAUCUGCAAUCCUCUGAGGUACAGCCAGAUUCUCACAAACAGAACAAUAGGACUCAUCCUGGUGGUGCUGUUUGGAGUAAAUUUCAUUUUGGUCAUUCCUCUAGUGUUUCUCAUUUUGAGGCUUCCUUUCUGUGGACACCAUGUAAUACCUCAUACAUACUGUGAACACAUGGGGAUUGCUCGUCUGGCCUGUGCCAACAUAAAGGUAAAUAUGAUAUUUGGGUUGUUUCUUAUAUCACUUGUGCUUGCCGACUUGCUUCUAAUUGCCGUCUCCUACACACGGAUCCUACAAGCUGUCUUCUGCCUUCCAUCCAAGGCUGCCAGGCUCAAAGCACUUAACACAUGUGGCUCUCACAUCUGUGUCAUCCUGGCCUUCUUUACUCCGGCUUUUUUCUCAUUCAUGACACAUAGGUUUGGCAGGAAUGUCCCUGCAUACAUUCAUAUUCUCCUGGCUAAUCUAUAUGUCGUUGUUCCCCCUGCCCUGAAUCCUGUCAUCUACGGGGUGAGAACUAAGCAGAUUCGGGACCAGGUUUUAAGCAUCUUUUGGAAGAAAAGUUGA